AUGUAUUGGUGCUUUGCCAGCAAAGAAACAAUUCUUUGUUUUUUUACGUUGAUCCUGAUAGACGUUAGUCAUCCCGACUGGAGUAAGAUUAAUAAACAUAUAUUUAUACUAAGCGAAGCUGGAAAACCUAUUUAUAGCAGAUACGGAAAUGAAGAGAAAUUGGUGACAAUUAUGGGUGUCAUGCAGGCAUUGGUCUCUUUCGUUCAAGAUUCUGAUGAUACGCUACAGUCUUUGGUUGCUGGUAAUCGCAAGUACGUCUUUCUUGUUAAAGGCCCCUUGAUUUUAGUAGCCGUGUCUUCAUUGGAAGACUCCGUUCCACAGCUGCAAUUACAAUUAACAUAUGUUUAUCAUCAAAUAUUGAGCGUUUUAACUGGUGCUCAAUUGGAAAAGAUUUUUGAACAAUUACGUAAUUACGAUUUACGAAAAUUACUCGGAGGAACGGAAAAAUUUCUGCAUAAUUUAUUAGAUAUGAUGGACAGAGAUCCGAGCUUUUUUCUUGAAUCGGUACAAUGUCUUCCAAUACCGGUUCACUACAGGGAUAGCAUCGCCAGUAGUUUGCAGCAUGCCAAGACUAAGAGUUUGGUCUUUGCGAUUUUGAUUACAGAAAAUCAAUUGAUAACGCUUGUUAGACCUAAAAAAUACAAUUUACACCCUGCAGAUUUACACUUAAUAAUCAACCUGGUUAAUGCAUCAACAUCAUUUCAAUCUUGUGAAUCGUGGCUACCAAUUUGUUUACCAAAAUUUAAUGAUAGUGGGUACCUUCAUGCGCAUAUUUCCUAUCUUUCGGAGGAGUGUCCAGCCUGUCUUGUUCUUUUAUCAACCGAUAAAGAUGCAUUUUAUGAAUUAGCGGAAAGUAGAGAAAAGAUCAUCAAGCGUUUAACGGUAAAGAGCAAUUGUAUUCCGGUUAUAAGUGAAGCUAUAACUACGAAUAAAUACGGCCUGGAUUACAUUAUCGGCAGUGAAAUUUGGCACUUUUUAUACAAAAGUAAAACCUAUGGCCAAUUUGUUUCUCCGAAAUGCAGACCACCAUAUAAUACUGUAGAAGAACAGACACGAUUACAAGAGCUUUACAAGUACCUCCACCAUCGUAUGCAUGCUAGUGCAAAGCCUUUAAAACUUGUAUAUCGCCUAAGAAGUCAAGAAGCCUUGCUAGGAUGGAUAUCCGAAACUUUUGAACUGUAUGCUGUCUUCAAUCCAUUAGUGAGUAAAACUGUUGCAAUCGGUAAUGUUAAGAGACUGAUGGCAAUUAUAAAACAAGAAGAAGAUAAAUUAUUCAUAGUCAAUGCACGAACUUUUUAA